GAAGUGCAAGACGUGAUCAACGAUGAGAAGCACUGGUGGUUUGGCGGCGGCACUGAUAUGACACCCUAUAUAUUGCACGAAAACGAUUGCAUUCAUUUCCAUAAGACGCUGAAGAAUGCUUGCGAUCGACAUAACAAUCAAUAUUACCUCAAGUUUAAGAAAUGGUGCGAUCAGUACUUCUAUAUAAACCAUCGCCAAGAAAGCCGAGGAAUCGGUGGUCUAUUCUUUGAUGAUAUGGAUUAUCCGAACCAAAAAGAGGCCUUUAAUUUCGUCAAAUCGUGCGCCGAUUCUAUAAUACCCUGUUAUAUACCGGUUGUCGAGAGAAAUGUCAAUAAAGGCUAUUCAUAUGCGGACAGACAGUGGCAACUCUUACGGCGUGGAAGGUACGUUGAGUUCAACCUGAUCUACGACAGGGGCACUAAGUUUGGUCUCUUCACGCCCGGCGCCCGAUACGAGAGUAUUCUCAUGUCAUUGCCAUUAGUGGCCAAAUGGCAA